GGAGAACGCCACAGUUCCGGUAAGAGCCUCAGUAGCAGCCUGCGCUCCGGUGCAGGGAACAGGGAGCAGGGGCAGGAAGCGACGAGCAGGACUGGGCUCAGCAGGGACAGGCCACCACCGGAAGCGCGUGGGGGGCGCUCGGGCGGAAGACCGCGCGCGGUGGGCUGGGGGCGCCGCGAAGGGCGGGGCCUGUGCGCGCCGGGGGCGGGGCUCCAGCGCAGGUCACGUGAGGGGCCCGGUGGAGGUGGUGGAGGUGGUGGCGCGGCGGCGGCGGCGGCCGCGGCGUCUAGAGCGGCGCCCAGUGCAGGAUGUUGCAGGAGACGGCGGCGGUGUCGUUGGCGGCAGCGGGCGGAGGAGCGGUGACGGCUGAGGCGCCCGCGGGCGGGAUAAAAUGGCGGAUUUCGAGGAGUUGAGGAAUAUGGUUUCUAGUUUUAGGGUUUCUGAAUUACAAGUGUUACUGGGCUUUGCUGGACGGAAUAAAAGUGGGCGCAAGCAUGACCUCCUGAUGAGGGCGUUGCAUUUACUGAAGAGUGGCUGCAGCCCUGCGGUUCAGAUUAAAAUUCGAGAAUUAUACAGACGCCGAUACCCACGGACACUUGAAGGACUUUCUGAUCUAUCCACAAUCAAAUCUUCAGUUUUCAGUUUGGAUGGUAGCUCAUCACCAGUAGAGCCUGACUUGGCCGUGGCUGGGAUCCACUCGUUGCCUUCUACUUCCAUUGCACCUCAUUCACCAUCAUCUCCUGUCGCUUCUGUGCUGCUUCAAGACACUAAGCCCACGUUUGAGAUGCAGCAACCAUCUCCUCCCAUUCCUCCUGUCCAUCCUGACGUGCAGUUAAAAACGCUGCCCUUCUAUGACGUCCUUGAUGUUCUCAUCAAGCCCACAAGUUUAGUUCAAAGCAGUAUUCAGCGGUUUCAAGAGAAGUUUUUUAUUUUUGCUUUGACACCCCAGCAAGUUAGAGAGAUAUGCAUUUCAAGGGAUUUUUUGCCAGGUGGCAGGAGAGACUACACAGUCCAAGUCCAGCUGCGACUUUGCUUGGCAGAGACCAGUUGCCCUCAAGAAGAUAACUAUCCCAAUAGUUUGUGUAUAAAAGUAAAUGGGAAACUCUUUCCUUUGCCUGGCUAUGCACCACCACCUAAAAAUGGGAUCGAGCAGAAGCGCCCUGGACGCCCCCUGAAUAUUACAUCUUUAGUCAGAUUGUCUUCAGCUGUGCCAAAUCAGAUUUCUAUUUCUUGGGCAUCUGAAAUUGGAAAGAAUUACUCCAUGUCUGUGUAUCUUGUACGACAGCUUACAUCAGCCAUGUUAUUACAGAGAUUAAAAAUGAAAGGUAUUAGAAAUCCUGAUCAUUCCAGAGCACUCAUUAAAGAAAAACUUACUGCAGAUCCUGAUAGUGAAAUUGCUACAACUAGUCUUCGCGUGUCCUUGAUGUGCCCUUUAGGAAAAAUGAGGCUGACAAUCCCGUGCCGCGCAGUGACGUGUACACAUCUGCAGUGCUUUGAUGCUGCCCUGUAUCUUCAGAUGAAUGAGAAGAAGCCCACCUGGAUUUGUCCUGUUUGUGACAAAAAGGCUGCCUAUGAGAGUCUGAUACUAGAUGGGCUUUUUAUGGAAAUUCUCAAUGACUGUUCUGAUGUGGAUGAGAUCAAAUUCCAGGAAGAUGGUUCCUGGUGUCCCAUGAGACCUAAGAAAGAAGCUAUGAAAGUAACCAGCCAGCCCUGUACAAAAGUAGAAAGUUCAAGUGUCUUUAGUAAACCUUGUUCAGUGACUGUAGCCAGUGAUGCAAGCAAGAAGAAGAUUGAUGUUAUUGAUCUAACAAUAGAGAGCUCUUCUGAUGAAGAGGAAGACCCUCCUGCCAAAAGGAAAUGCAUCUUUAUGUCAGAAACACAAAGCAGUCCAACCAAAGGGGUUCUCAUGUAUCAGCCAUCUUCUGUAAGGGUGCCCAGUGUGACUUCAGUUGAUCCUGCUGCUAUUCCACCUUCAUUAACAGACUACUCAGUACCAUUCCACCACACGCCAGUGUCGAGCAUGUCAUCAGAUUUGCCAGGUUUGGAUUUUCUUUCCCUUAUUCCAGUUGAUCCCCAGGUCUCCCACUGGAACCCAGGGCUCAAGGAUUAGUCAAAGACAGCUGGCAAAGUCCUAAGAAACUACCCGCAUUUCUGCCACCUCUCCAGUGCUGGAAUUACAAGCACACACUACCAUAUCUGGCUUUUUACAUGGAUGCUGGGAAUUGAACUCAGGUCUAAUAAGCUAGUCAGUUGUAUGUAUUCUUUGGGAAAGUGUAUUCAGAUCCAUUGCCCACAUUUUUAUUGGGCUAUUUGUCUUACUGCAUUGUACCAGUUGUGUUUGUUAUUUAAUAUGUAUAUUUUUUUUCAGUCUGAGGAGUAUCUUUUCAGUUCCUUGAUACCCUUGAAAUACAUGUUUUACAUUUUGAUAGGAUCUAGUUUAUUUUUUUCCCAUGCUGCUUAUGCUUUUGGUUUCAUGGUUCAGAUUCCAGUACCAAAUCCAAGGUAGUUUUGCUGGCUAACUCUUGUGUUAACACAAGGCAGUGUUACCUGGGAUGAAGGAACAUUAAUGAAGAAAAAGUCUCAGUAUGAUUGAUCUGUAGGCAAGUCUGUUGAACAUUUUUUUUGAUUGAUGAUUUAUGGUGGUUACCCUGGCCCACUGUGAGUGGUGUCACUCCUGGGCAGGUAGUUCUGGGUUUCAUAAGAAAGCAGGCUGUGCAAACCAUCAAUAGCAAGUCAGUAAACAGAAUUCCUUCGUGGAUUCUACUGCUGUUCCUGCGUCCAGGUUCUACCCUUGAUUUCCUGUCCUGACUACCCUCUAUGAUGGACUCUUAUCCUGUACUGUAGGCUGAAAUAAGCCCUUUCUUCCCCAAGUUGCUUUUGAUCAUGGUGUUUAUCAUAGCAGUUGAAACCCUGAGUAGUACAAUAAUGAAAUUAAUUGUAUUUCUUGAAAGAAUUUUUUAAUUUUAUCUUAAAUUUGCAACUGAUCCAUUAUGAGUUAACUUUUUUGAAUUUUUUAGUUUAUUGAAAAUAUUACUUUCACAUAUAUCUUGAUUACAGUUUCUCCUCUACUCCUCCCUUUCUCUAUUUUCUCUCCUCACUUCCCUUACCCCUGGAUCUACUUUUCUGUCUCUCAUUAGAAGAGCAAACUCAUACGCAAUAACAACUAAACAUAGCAGAAUAAAAUAUGAUAUAAAACAAAGACCAUCACAUUGUGGUUAGACAAAGCAACCCAACAGAAAAAGAACUCCAAGAGCAGGCACAAGAGUCAGAGACCCACUCAAAGGCUAAGCUGAAAGUGUAUGCUCUAUAAAUCAGAAUAUGUGUAUGGUAUUGCUAUGCUGUGUACUGUGUACCAGCCUAUCUGGGUUCGAAGGAUGCCUCUGUCACUUGGGAUUUUUGCCAAGUUAGUUACUGUGACUCUGGUUCCUUGUGUAAAAUGGGGUUUAUAGAAUCUUUGUUUCUUGAUUAGGGUUACUAUUGCUGUGAUGAAACACCAUGACCAAAGAAACUUGGGGGAAGGAAAGGGUUUGACUUAUAUUUCCACAUCACGGUUUGUCAAAAGGAAGUCAGGACAGAAACAGGAACCCCGAAGCAGGAGCUGGCACAGAGACCAUGGAGAGGGGUGCUGCUUACUGACUUGCUUCCCCUGGCUUGCUCAGCCUGCUUUCUUAUAGAAUCUAGGAACCAGCCCAGGGGUGGCACCAUCUACGAUGUGCUGGGCCCUCCUCAAUCACAAAUUAAGAAAAUGCCCUACAGGCUUGCCUACAGCCUUAUCUUAUUGAGGCAUUUUCUUAAUUAGAAUCCUUCUUCUCACAUGACAAUAUCUUGUAUCAAGCUGACAUAAAGCUAUCCAGCACACCGGGCCUUGUCGUUUUUGAGAAUGGGAUGGAAAGGUGUGUAACAAUAUUCAGUUCGUAUUCAGCAACUGUAAAGGCUGUUCUCUUAACUUGUGAAGUGACCAACAGAUAAUGGAUUAUAAGGUCUGUGUUGUAAUAAAUGGUGCUCAUUUACCUAGCCCUCAAGUUAGCCCACACAUUAUUUUCUACUUUCAUGAGGGCUAUGAAUGCAUCUGAACUGAAAAAGUAGUGAAGCAGCAAAAUCUGAUAAAAUUAACAGAUCCAAUGUGUGAAAGUAUAUGUCAGUUGUACUCAUGUGAACCUAGAAUUUAAAAGUAACUGGUUCUAAACUGCUUAUUAGUGUGAUACAAUAUCAAUUUAUAUUUUUCAUGUAAUAAACUUACUAUAUUUUACUAAUUUUUAUUUUUACCAGGUUCUACUUUAAUUGCUUUAGGAACUUGACUUUAAACCACCAAUUGUUUUUCCUUACUCAUAUGCUCAAUUCCUCAGAGCGUAGGAUGAAAGAGAGGUUUUGGAAUUACUAUGCAAACAAGUCACAGCGCUAGAGGCAUUUCUCAGGAAUUAUUUAGCUAGUCCAUUCUGAGGGCUGAGAUCCCAGACCAAGGGAAAAGGAGCAAGCUAGGUGAGCACGGCAUUCGCUCCUCAUCCUUCCUUUCCUGAUUGCAGAUGCAGUGUGGCCAGCGGUUGAUUUGGCCUCCAUGCCUACUCUGAUAAUGAUGACAUAUACCCUGGAAAUAAAAACCAGAAUAAGCCCUUCCUUCCUUAAGUUGCUCUAACUUUUCUAAGAGAAAAAAAAAUUCACCAAGGUGUUGAUACAAAAAUUUCUUAUGCAAGAUACUUGGAGAAUUCAAUGAGUAGUUGGAUAAAGGCUAUUAAUGCUCUUGACAGUUGGUAAGUGAACUAAUUAGUCAAGAUUAGCAUAAAAUGCCUUUUUUUCUAUUGAUACAUUAUGGAGUUUAAAAUGGGGAGAAUAUUUUAAAAUUUUCAUUCUCAUUUCUAAAGCUGAUAAGGAGAAAUUUUGAGCAAUUAUCAUCCAACCUAGUUUAAAUACUGUUCCUGUGUGUGUUGUUUCUUUGUGUAUGUGUGUUCUGUAUGACUUUUUUCUUGUGCAUUUGUACAAGGAAGCCAUAAAAGAGCAUCAGAUCCCCCGGAACUGGAGUUAGAGCUGGUUGUAUCUUUCACAUGGUUGUUAGGAACUGAUUGUAGGUCCUCUGUAAGAGAAGCAAGCGCUUUUAGCCUCUGGGCCAACUCCUCUACCUCUUUACAGAGUCUCAUGUAGCCCACACUGACAUCGAACUCACUAAGUAGUUGAUGCUACCCUUGAGCUCCUGAUCAUCCUACUUCUGCCUAUACCAGGUGUUGAGAUUCCUGGUUCCUCUCACCACGUUCUGCUGAACCGCAUUAGUUACUCAGCAGAACACCCCUUCCUUUGUGUAUCUUCAUGUGUGGGUGCAUGUGGUGGCCCACUUCUAUGUCAGGUGUCCUCAGUAUCUUACCACACUCUUGAGAUAGAAUCGGUUAUUGCACCUUAAGCUUGGGUUCACCUGGUUGGACAAGCAAGCCCCAAGGAUCUCCUGUCUCUGCCUCCCAGCUCUGGCAUGAUAGCUACAUGCCAGCAUACCACUCUCUAUUUGGAUGCUGGAGGUCUGAGCUUGGGUCCUGCUUGCGUGGGAGGCAGGCACGCCAAUAACAGCUGUCCCCCCAGCCUGAUACUCGAGUUUAUUCUUGAAGUAUUUGCCAGAAUUCAUCAUAGCUGUACCAG